AACCACACCAAACACACACAUAACACAUAAGUGAAAAGUUACAUUAUUCAAUAUCACUAAGCCAUGGACAAGAAAUCACUAGCUGGCUUGUGCUUCCUCUUCCUCGUUCUCUUUGUUGCACAAGAAAUAGCGGUGAGUGAAGCAGCGAGGUGUGAGAAUUUGGCUGAUACAUACAGGGGACCAUGUUUCACAACUGGUAGCUGUGAUGAUCACUGUAAGAACAAAGAGCAUUUAGUUAGCGGCAGAUGCAGGGAUGACUUUCGUUGUUGGUGCACUCGUAACUGCUAAUUUCAGAUAUAUAUUAUAUGAAUAAAUAAAUAAAUAAACAUGCACUAUAGCUGCAUCUAUCUAUGUAUUCCCUCGUCUUUUAAUGUGUGUACUCCAUCGUGCAUAAUGUAUUAGUUAUGCACUUUAUCAUAUAUACAACAACAAUAAAUAUUCAUUAUUAC